AUGUCAGUUAUUAGCACUUCUCUACUUGUUCUUCUUGAUCCUCAAGAGGAACAUAAAAAUUUCGAAAUAAUAUUUGAUUCGCAUGUAUUUUGUCGAUUUACAAAUAAAACUAAAUGCUUAAAACAUGUUUCAUCUCGUCUUACAAAUAUUCGUCUCUUACAUUUUUUUAUACCAAAAUGUGAACAUCUAGUUAUGGAAAACGGUCCCCAUUUUUACAAUACAAUAUAUUAUAUUUAUUGUGUUGAUGGAGCAAGUAUUAAGGAAAUGAAACAACAAUACGAUUAUCCGAUGUUUGUUAAAGUUUUCCAUGUUGAAUGUUUAGCAACGUAUUUACGUCAAGCAGCUAUUUCGCAUUUAAUUGAACAAGCUGAACGUCGAAAGCAUGAACCUGACGAACACGAACUUGCAUUACAAGCAGCAGCUGAAUUUUCCGAUGCAUUAGCCAAUAAACUGUCCGAGUAUAUGAUUGAAAAAACUUGUUAA